AUGCCUCUCUCCGGACACUGCCUCUGCAAAGCCGUCACGUACAGCGUGGACAUUGACGCACCUCUGAUUACUGCCUAUGAUCACUGCGAUGACUGCCAACGUCAGACUGGUUCGACCUACUCGCUCGUCGCUGUCGUCCCUAAGGACAAGCUGACUAUCAAGGGCCCCACCAAGAGCUGGGCGGGCAAGGGUUCCUCCGGCCUCGCUGUCCACCGCAUCUUCUGCUCGGAGUGUGGUUCCCCCAUCGCCCACGACCCUGAUGCGGCUCCCGAGAUCAUUGCCCUCAAGGCCGGCACCCUGGAUACUGAGUUCAAGAAGACCUUGAAGCCUGACACCGAGAUCUGGACCGUCAGCAAGCUUCCUUUCUGCCAGGAGUCCCUUGCCCAUCCUUUCAAGCACAUGCCGGAGUAA